AUGGACAAAGAAUUAGAGGAAAUCACCAAAGGUGUAAAGAACACAAACUCACAAAAAAGUGUAACCACUUCCAAUGUGUACUCAACUGACUUCACAGAUUAUAGUUCAGACAAAAAUAAUUCUUCCGGUAAGGCAACGUACGUUAUAGACUGGGAUGAAAGUGAUGAUAGCGAGCAGUCAUGCCAAAUAGAUCAUGAACAAAGAGUGUUUAAUUUAACAGAUGAAAUAAGUAAAUAUGUGCCAGAAAAUAAAGAAAUCAAAACUGUACAGUGUUUCACAGAUCAUCAAGUGUCUAAUGUAGCAUCUAAAAUUUCCCAAAACAGAACAUUUGUAGCCCAAGAAACGUACACGCAAACAAGUAAAACAAUUAUUGAAUUGGCAAAAUCAGAUGGGUAUGUUGUGAAAUCGGCCGACCUUAAAACUUUACAAACACAAACUUCUUGCAUCUCUAUAAUUGAAAGUCAAAGAGUGGAAUACAAUUUUUAUAAUGAAAUAUGUAGCUCCAACUCAGUUCAAAACAACUACAAUAAUAAUUGGUACGAAAUUGAUGAAAAUGAAGUAACAAGUCGAAUUUUAAGUAACAGUCUAGAAGACAGGUCUUCUAAAUUGCAAGACAACAGAGCGGAAUCAGAAGACGACGAAGAAAAAGUAGUUGAAAGUUACAGACGUGAAACUACUAAAGAGGAAUUUCUGAAUAAACUUUUAGAUGAAAAUCGAUUAGAAGCGUCAAGAUCAAUUGAAGACACUUGUGAUAUAUCGCUUUCUUCUAAUUCAGAUAUAGAAGAAGACUCAUUAAUGGAAUCUAAUUGUAAUAAUAUAAUCGAUAAAAAUAAUUUUAGUAGCAAAAACAGCGAUAUUAGUUGCACACCAAAGUCUAUUGAUAAUGAGGUUAAGGAUUUAUAUAACAAAGUAUCUAAUUGUUUAGGAGUAAUUCAAGUAAAUCAAAAUAUCGAACCUCGACUCGACUCUCAAUGGGUUGGUGUACUUACACCGUUAACAGAAGAAUCUACAACUAAAAAGGAUAGUUUUAUUGAUAUGACUCCAUGCCUUGGAAUACUAACUGAAACUAAUAGCAAAGAGGUUAAUGAAGGUGUUUUAUUUACACAAAAUACAGGACUUAAAAUCAAACUGAUGCCAGUCGAAAAAAACAAUGAUACAUUGAACGAACCUUUCAAAUUACCACCAAUUCAAGAUACUAAGUCGUAUCAAAAUAGCUUGAAUUUUUUGUUAUCUGCCCGUUGUGAAAAUAAAGGGAAUAGUACUAAUUUUAAUAACAGUUCCGUAGGUAGAUGGGAAUUCAGAGCCAAGAAUUUAGCAGCGGGAGAAAGUCAAUAUAUAAAUGAACCAAAACCAAAGUCGCGACUGCCAAAUGAAAUAUUCCAUCUGCCGCCGAUUCACACGGGAGUUAUACAAAACAUAUACACCAACUACAGCGAUUAUAACUCGUCUUCGAAUACUUCGAAAUUAAACUUAUCCACGGCGGAAACGCCAUGUGAAUCGAUCAACAUCCACGACAAGAUUAGAGAGCUGAAGAUGACGGACAGGAGAGCAAAGAAUGUAAUAGUGAGAAAAGAGAUUAGAAGCAUUUCACCUACAAGUGUAUCGUCUCCAGAAGGCAGCAAGUCUUGUGACGUAACUCAGAAAGCGUGUGAAGCCCUUUGCACUGAACUAUUGAGAAAAUUAAAAUCCACAUCAUGGUGCGAAGUAGUAGACACAUUAGAGGAAAUUCCAAAAGUGAUGGAUAAAUUCUGGAAUGUUAUCACAGAGCUUCGAAUAGCUGAUCUUCUAAGACAAGUCACUGUGCACGUGGACUCUCCGCGCUCACAAGUAUCCCGCACUGCUUGUUUUACGCUCGCGACCAUCUUGAAAAACACUAACUAUACGAGAAAACCGGAUUUCUACGAGGCAGUGACAGCGCUGUUGGUAAAGACCGGCAGUUUUAGCCGGCCGGUUCGACGCGCCGCCAACAUGGCGCUCGACGAUAUAGUCUGCGGCGUCGACUUCACGCAAGCCGUCACUGCUCUGUGUGUGCACGGUGUUGGACACAAAAGCGCGGUGGUGCGGUGCGCGUCGGCGCGGCUGCUGGUGGUGUGUUGCGCGGUAUCGGGCGGAGGGCGCGGGUUGCUGCGUGCGCGCCCGCUGUCCGCAGCAGCCGCACGCCGCCUCGCACUGCGCGCACUCGCAUGCCUGCUCGAGGACAGAGCCUCCGACGCCAGGAAAUAUGCGGAGCGUUUGUACAUAAUGCUACGACCACUCGCCAACUUCGAGGCUUACUUCCUCACCGACGUGGACGUGGAAGUUGCUUCCAGGCAAAUGAAGAAAUUCGACCAACUUCUGAAUCUUUCGAGUAAAGAUAGAUGA